GGUGCCAAAACGCUUAUAUUUAUAUAUCGUUAUGUAUCACAACACUAUUUUCAUUCACUCAUUAUUUUCCGUUAUUCUUUUGUUUACCACAACUGUCAAGUUGUGUUUUUGUGUUGUUGUUGAUUCGAUUUGAAUUAUCUUUCACAUUUAUUUGUUUUAAAAACGUUAACAAUGAAUUUUUUAACAUUAUUUAUAAUGAAUUAAAAUUACGUUUGCGCAUGUAUAAUGGAAACGGAUGAGCCUAAAAAUCCAGGUCUAAUUCAUACUUUGGACGAUCCCGAUUCACGUUCGGCCGUUAACUCUUUGAUAUUGGACUAUUACAAAAAGUUUGGUAGAAAAAGGGACUUGGAGCAGUAUUUCUCGCUAUCUACGGUUUCUCAGAGUGAUAUUAGAGACCCCACGAGUCUGUUUUGGAGAAGGAUGAAGGCACAGACUGACUCGUCUGACUCGUGUGAGAAGCCGAGUGAGUCCUCCACUGAACUGUGUAGAAUUUCCAUCCAGUGCUCCGUCCCUGUGGAGUCCAGCUCACAAGAUGAAAAAAGUGAUCAGAAAUGCAAGGCAGAAUCAGUUUCACCACCGAUCAUCAUUGAAGAAGUAUCUCCCAGGGACACAACACAUUCUGACAAUGAAUCCGUUAAAUCUGAAGGAAACCACUCCCAUAAGUCCGUGGACAUUACACUGGACACAUCAAUGAACAAGCCAGUAUCUCCGACCAGCAGUAUAACAUCACAAAGGAAACUGGAAUGGGACUCAUUAGCGGAUGUGGGUUAUGCAAAUGAGACUGAUAGAAAGACGUCAGGCUCAAGCUUGAGCACCCUUGAGAGGCUGGCUCUUCUACAACAAUAUUCUAAUAGUGACAAUAAAGAAAAUGUACUUGGACAACCUACAGCUCAUUCUACACUAAUUGAACCAACACACAGGUCUAAAACAAAUAAAAAAAGUUUGAUAAAAAAGACCAAAGAAGUUCACAGCAAAGGUGUUGAUAUUGUAGAACUUAAUGUCCCUCAGUCAUCCAAGACACAUCCAAUAAGUGUAAACCUAACUAGACACAUAUCUUUCAAUGUUGAAAAUGAUGGUGGAAUUUCCAUUGGAAACAUAGAUAAAGAAGUCAAAGUCACAUCUCCAGACAAACAACCACUUGAAAAAGAUGUAACACCAGAGGUAAAGAUAGAUAAAGAAAUACAAACUUCAUUACCAAAACCUAACACAGGUACAGAAAAAAGAAAGGAAUGUAUUCCAGUUCUUUUAAGCCUAAAUUCUUUAAAAAGUCGAUUGAAAAGAAGGAAGCCAAGAACUGUUAGGAAGAAAUCAAGCAAAAAAGUUUCCAGGAAGAAGAAACCGCCACUUGUACAUGAAAAAAGUGGUGAACAAGUUUCUGAAGCAGAAAGCUUUGAAUAUAUGCCAGGACACAUUUAUAAUCAGAAUCAAAUGAUGGAUGACCAUCAUAAAACCAGAAAUUCAGCAGGAAACAAGUCAAGCCUUGAAUCCAGUGGUGGUGUCACAACAGAAUCAAGUAAAACAAAUGCUUCUUUAACUAAAGAUUUAGAAAAGAAUAUCCAACUUCUAGAGAAUGUGCUUAAGCAGUACAAUAAUGACUCGAAAAUAAAGAAAAAACUGAUUAAAGAAUUAGUAAUUAAACUACUGAACUCGAAAUACAAGGGUGAUGGAAGUACAACAGAUUUUUUAUCUGGGCUAAGUUUAAGCAGCAAAUGUCUUAACUUGGCAGAAGGGAACAGCAAGAAUGCUACCACUACCAGUACUUCUGACACAAACAAUACUGGCGAAAAAACAAAGAGGCCUAAAAAAUCUAUCUUACGUAUGGAUAAGUUUAAUUCCAGCGCUAUCGCCUCAACAUCUCAAAGUGUCCCAAAUUUACCUACUGUAGGUAACAGCGAAAAUCCAAUGUUGACUAAAUAUAAAAAACAACAAUCAAUUUCACAUACAGAAUCAGAUAUUUCAAGCAAAUGUAAAGAUUCUACUGACACAGUAUUUGCUAAAACAUCUUCUGAAGAACUAUACCAGAAGUAUAUAGAGGCAUUAAAAAGAGAAGAGGCUUAUAAAAAGCAUUUGCGUGAUAAAGAAAACUUUAUGAGACAAAAACUGACUGGAUCUGAUGGUGGUCUAAAAGCCCCACUACAAACUGUAUCAGAUGCCAAACAAAAUAGAUUAAAAGAACUUAUAAAUGAUCUGGCUACAAACAAUUACGCCGAUGGUUCGGGAGAUGCUAGAAAACUAGAAGGGUAUCCCAAUAAAAAAGAUAUUGAAAAAUACAUAGACAUGAAAAAGCAAAGAAGUCACUCCGUUUUUACUCUGUCCUCCGGAAAUUCACAGAAAAAAGAAAAAGAAAAUCGGAAAAUAGAUUUAAGAAAGAGGUUACAGAAUGAAAUUGAAGCUGGAAGCUCGGGCACAAGUAAGGCUCACUACUGUUGCUGUCCACAUCAUAACAAAUGCACACAUGUUGUAGACACUACUCGUCAGGCUAAUACUUCAGGUCAAGGUUCAUGCUCAGGCAAUGAAACUCAGAUCAAAACCAUAGCUCAAGUUCAUAAUGUGGAUCAAAAAGAAAGCGAGGAAGUCUGCAAAAAUAAAUCAUCAAAAUCUUCUUCUCCACGAGGAGAUAAAAUAGAGAUUAAACCAGGACAGACAAAUAUUUGCAUUAAAUCAUCAAGUUCAUCCCACAUUUGUGACCAUCCAGGGUCGUCUUGUGAGAGUGGCAAGAAAUUUUACAAAACUGGCCAAUUUAAAGUAGAGGACAAUAAUAGCUCUAAAAAGUCUCCAAGGGCGACAAGUAGCGAAUGUGAUGAUUCAUGUUCGUCUCGGAAAAAGCCUUACGACUCACAAAAGAAAAAAUCUGACUGUGUAGAUAUGCCGAAACAAGUUACCCCUUCACAUAUAAUUGCAGACAAAAUUACCGGUGAAAUAAAGUAUGUGUACUGUUUAUGUACUGGAGAAUCUGUUGUCCCUAAUGAAAAUCUCUUGGUUUACAAAUGCUCGCGUUUGAUGGACAAAGGUGUACAGUUAGGCGCUACAAGAUCCGGAAUGUCCAAUGACGUUUCAGUUCAAUGUUCAGGACCAAGCAGCAAAGGUUCAACACCACGAAACGACAACAUACCCUCCACGAGCAAAGAAACAAAUGAAGCAAUCAGUAGGCAUUUACCUGAAAAAGUCACUGAUAUAAAACGUUCUUCACAGUCAUCGCAAACUAAUUUGCCGUGUCAUUUUAGCCGAAGAUUCAGUGAACGAAGCGUAGAUACUGGCACGUCGAGAGCUUUGGAACGGCGAAGGAAUAGCUCGCCUAAGAGAAAUGUAGCAUACAAUUGCUUUAAAAACCAGGAGCCUGAUAGAAAGAUUUUAAUUCUUGAGAUUACAAGGUGUAUCCAAACGGGUAUUAGCAUUGACCCUAAUAUUUCUAAUCCUUCUCUUUCCGAUAUAAAUAUUGUAAGUGAUUGCGCUGAAGUAGUCAGUAAACAGUACAGAGAAGUAUCUUUAAAGAGUGCCGAAAAUUCCAGUAUAAAAUCAAAGAUCGCAGAAAUGCAAUUGACCCAUCCUAAAGAUAUGUUUGUUGGGACCCCACAACAUACUGAAAGAAUAACAAAUGUACCUGGAUUCGUUGAAAAUGACUGUAACAUCAAUGUUGAAUCAAAUAUUGAUAUUUACGAAAAACGUUAUGAGAAAACAUCGCAAGAAGUAAACAUGGAUAGUUAUAAAAUACCUCUUCAAGGCACUAACAUGACGCUAAUGGUAAGUGUUGAAUCUAAAAAUACGAGACUACCUUUCGAUGAUGUCAAAAAAGGACCAACACUUGCAACAAAGGGCAUUGCAACGGAAGUUGUGGAAAACUUAAAUAAAUACACCUCUUUAAGAGAAGAAUGUUCUAAAGGCGUCCAAUCAGAGUACACUAAUAUAUUUGAACAAGUACAUUCUUCUACGAAAUCUGGUGAUGUAAUCAUCUCUGCUGAAAAACCUAAAGUAGUUGGUCAAAAUGACAAAAUCGAAUUGAAUACUAAAGAUGUCGCUUGCGAUUGCAAUAUAAAUGAACGAAACCAAAUAGAAAAACCCACCAAAACCUAUGAAACUAAUGAUGAUGAUAAAAAUGAGCAUGUUUUCGCAAAACCGAGAGAAAAAUCUGGCUCUUAUCCAUGUAAUAAAAGAAGUCUAUUUAUUAAAAGAAAUACAGACCCUACUCUCAUUGAUAAAGCUAUUAACGUAGAUGCAAAUGAUAGUGAUAGUCGUGCAGUUGCUACAAGAGAUCUUAAAGACUCAGAAAAACAGACAGAGAUUUUAUCGAAUGCACAAGAUGAACGGUCAAAUUAUGGCAGUGGUACCUAUCCAGCCACUAAUAAGAAAAUCAUUUUGAGAACUAAUACAAAUCCAUAUUUGUCCAGUGGUGAGCAAGAAAAUAUGGAUAUUGAGGCACAAAUAAAAUCUGAAAGUUAUCAAGCCAACUAUAAAGAUCGCGCAUCCAACUAUGUGGAAAUCCAAACUAAAGAUUUCGGUACCUCAUGUAAUACUGGUGAUGUAAGCAUAUCUCGCUCUCCUAAUAAUAAUCCAAAAUCUGCGACUUACCCUACUGCUAAUAAGAAGAUAUUUACAAAGAGAAAUACAGACCCGGCGAUAUUAGAUGAUCCUAAUAACCAGGAUAACUUAAAAUCGAUGACACAGAGAAUCGAUGUUACUGAAAAAUUUAAACCAACAAGUUCUAUAACAAGCAGAUCGCAAAGUGAGACAGAUCAACAAACAACUGAUUACGAUAGUAGUGACCCUGUACUGCAAGUUAUUAAAGACAUAACGAGACGUUAUUCCAAAAGUGAUAUAGGAAAGGGAAAGGAUAAGAAAUGCUACAAAGAAAUCAUGACUUUGCUGAAGUGCCUCUUAGACACUGAAGACGCGACUGAUACUAGAUCAUCGAGUGAUGCUACACCUAGAGAAAGGAAUCAAAAACGCUCACCUUUAAAAGAACAUAAGAAGACAGUUGAUGUAGGAACUAGCUCGCCAGUCAAGAGAAGAGAUAAGAAAUCAGACAAAAAGCACAAAUCUAGCAACAAAACGUCAGGCUCAACAGAAUCUACAGAUUUUCCAGGAACUACCGAGCGAGAGAGCUCCGACGCUGCCGCUUGCCACGUCCUCAACAAAAUAAAGAAAGAAUGCGAAAAGUAUCACCAGAAUCGCUGCAAGCCUUGUCAUCACCACAAAGAGUCUAGCAGUACGUCUGUUAACUGCGAAGCUUGCAAGAAAAUGCACCACUGCGCUUGUCGAAAUAGAUGUAAAGGGUCAAGGGUGAAAGCAUUUGAAAAGAUUAAGAAGAAGUGUGUUGCGUACAACUUGAUUCUACAGACAUCUGACAGUAUGAUCCCUGAAGAAGAACCCUGUAAUGUCCACAAGCAUCCGUUGCAAAAUGUGGUUGUUAAAGUGCCUCCGAAACGUCCUAAUUUUGGCGAUAAUGUGCAGUUUAAAGUCACUGACGAAUCACCUCGUUCAAGAUUUGUUCCGAACACUGACUAUCAUCGUCCAGGGCGUAUUCCUAAUGAGAGUGAGAUAUCGAGCACUGAUGAUUACAAACGGGAGCUCCAGGCCCUGACGGUCAGGGAUUACUUGGAAAGGAACCGACCUGACUUCAUUGAAAAUACUUCGGAUCGUCAGAAUGCGCUGAGAGUGAUCAGCGAGACUCGAUCCCGCGAGCGCGACGCGACGCGGCGGCUGCUGUCGCUGCAGCUGCAGCGCGCGCCGCUGAGCGCCGUCAGCGCGACGCACGUCACGCAGCUCGCUAGGGAGCUCGGCAUCGAGUUGAGGAGACGCAAGUUGGCGCCAAAAUUUAUCAGUGAACGCGAAAUGAAGAAACACUCUGAGAAAAUUUACAAGUCUCUGCCCGAGGUGGUUCAGAAGAAAGAGGACUUGAGGAAGGAAAAUAUUAAGAAGACCAACUUACUGAUGGCUUCCAUGUUCAAGAAGAGUCUACAAAAGAAAACUCUUCGUGGCAGCGUCAACAUCUCUAACUACAGUGCAGUUAUUAAAAUAUGACACACCGACUAUACGAGUGCUGUGGUUAGAAGUUUUUAAAGGUGUGUACAGUGCGUUAUUUGUUGAUGUACAAAAAAUAUUUCUCGCAUUUAGUACUAGAACUUUAUUUUUAUACAAUGAUUAAUGUUGACUGACGUUUUAUAAAGUAACAAUAAAAUGAG